CCCGGGGCGGGGGCGCCGGGAGCCGCGCGCCGGCACGUGCUCGUCCCGGGGACGCCGGGCCGGGGUGGGCGCGCGUGUGCGCGUGGGGGCGUGGGGUGUGUACCCGCGCCGUGCCCCCCGCGCGUGCUGCCGGGCGGGCGCCGGCGUGAGUCACGGCGGGGCUCGCCUUUAUAACGGCCCGGAGGCUCGCGCCAGCCGCCCGCCAGUCCGCCCUCCCGCCGCUCCGCGCUCCAGCGAGCGCGCCCCGGCUCCGCGCCCCCAACGGCCCCCCAACCGCCGCGUAGUCCCGAGGGCGCCAUGAGGGGCCCGCGCUGCGCCCCGCUGUUGCUCUUGCUGCUGCUGUCGCCGCUGCUGCUCAUACCCCCCGCCGGGGACGCCGCCGUCAUCACCGGGGCCUGCGACAAGGACCCCCAGUGUGCCGGAGGCAUGUGCUGUGCUGUUAGUAUCUGGGUUAAGAGCAUAAGGAUUUGCACGCCUAUGGGCAAAGUGGGAGACAGCUGCCAUCCGCUGACUCGUAAAGUUCCAUUUUUUGGGCGGAGAAUGCAUCACACGUGUCCAUGUAUGCCGGGCUUAGCCUGUUUACGGACUUCAUUUAAUCGAUUUAUUUGUUUAGCCCGAAAGUAAUCACUUGAGAGUAGAAACUUUAAAUGUGAACAGCCACAUGAUGUCUGUAAAGUCUAUUUACUUGUGAUUGUGCCAAACAAAUAAUAUGCCAGAAAGAAAUGCUGUUGCUUCCUCAGCUAUCCAAGUAACAUUUCUAUCUUUGAUGUUUAAAUGACUUUUUUUUUUAAUUGAAAGUGGAUUUUAAUUUUGGAUAUGAAUAUAAAGUGCAGGGCAUUAUGGAACCAGUUCUCAUUUUCCCGUCUGUGUUUUGAUUUGGCUGACUUCUUUUAAUGCCAAUAACUCACCUAUUUUCACAGAAAUGAGAAGAAUAAGAAUUUGAUAUUUUGUCACAGGAAAUUUUUUUUCUUAAACUCUCUCCCACCAGCCCUGCCCACCACACACACACACACACACACACACACACAUAUACACACACUCUGGGGUCUCUUUUCUCUCUCUUCAAAGAAUUUUAAGGCUCUCACUUUAUUUUUCACCAUUUCCCUCACCAGUCCUCUAGCCUUUGAAAGUGGGGAGCAGGGUUGUUCCACAGACUCUCAUUUGCUCGCAGAAUCACUGUUGAGACUCAAGCUUUUUGCCUGAUACUUAAACAGUGAAGGGUGUGUAGUUGAACUAGACACUCCAGACUUCUAGAUGGAGGAGAGGUUGGAGUGCUUCCAAACUUUCACAGAACCUGUCCAUGCGACAAGACUUCAGGUCCACUGUGUGACAGGUGUGAGUGAGUCCAGAGGGAAGGGAAAGUCAAGUUAGUCCAUAUAUCUAGAUUUGGGUUGGUUUAAAAAAAAAAAAAACUAAAAACUUCUCCAAUAUGACAUUACAUUUAUUUCUCUUUCUCUUUUUGAAGUUGUUUUUGGAAGUCUCACAGAGAUGUUCCAGAAAAUGCCACUUGAAGAGGAAGUAUUGAUUUUAAUCUGGCAUAACCCCCGUUACCAUUUUAAAAUCGGUAUUAAGUUGUAAUUUAAACUUCAUUUGUAACCAGAAGAUCUCUUAUAAUGGAUUACCUGACAUUCUGCCAUGUGUACCUAUAUCAAUAUUGCCGUGUAAAAAUUCUGUAUCAGAAUAAUGACAGUAUUGUAUAUCAUUUGAUUUAUUUUAAUAUUAUAUCCUUAUUUUUGUCACUGUUGUCGUCAGUUUUUAUUAAAAGCAGCUUUCUCUUAGCUCACAUUCUAAAAUGGGCAAAGACCCCCCAACGCUGGGCAGAUGGCACUCACAGGACCUGCUUGUCACUCACUUUCCAUACAGGAAAGUUCUGUUUGCAUGAAUCUUAAGGUCAUACAAAAAACAGUGUGUAAAUCAGUAAGGUUUGGGAACAUGAAGGAAGAUUGUGACGUGCUAAACUGGCUGUAAUCAGGAAUGCACUCCUGUGAUGUCACUGUUGAUUCAGCAAAUCAUGACCCAGUUUUUUUUCAUGAGCCGUUAGGCAGGAGGCUAGGUGCUAGCCGAACAGUGAUGAAGAACCUUGAAAAACCCCACCAAGUAUUGUAAAUGGAAUCAAUGUCGCAAAUAAACAACUUAUGAAAUGUG